AUGAGGCCCCAAUAUCCCGACUCGCAGCGCGCAACAUCCUCUCUCCUAGAAAUCGAGGAAGCGUCGCAAGACAUCAAAACCGCCGACGCCACUCUGCAAACUCUCCAGCACCAACAGGCUGCUGUUCCCCAGAACGAACCUCGACCUUCAGCUAUGAAAACCAUAGUCAACGCCCUCGUCGCGAUCCUCGCCCUCUUCCUCGCUCUUUUCGGCUUUUGCAUUAGCGAUGCUCCGACCGAUGAGGAUACGAAAUCAGCUGAGGCUGUGAAGAAGGUUUCGCUUGAGCGCAAGAAGGCUGAGAAGAGGAUCAAGCGUGCGGGGGCGCAUAUGCGUGCUCUUGAUCGACUGGUUGAGGCGCAGGAACUUGAUAUCGGUGAUAACGGGACGGGAAGCUGGGAGAUGGUUCAGAGGUGGAAUGAUGCGCGGAGUGAUUAG